AUGGUUUCUCCCCCAACACUCCUCUUAGUCUUCGCCGCCUUCGGGGCCGCGCUCUUCCUCCACCGCGCGCUGCGACGCCGUCAGUUGCGGCUUCCGCCGGGGAGCUACGGCCUUCCGUUCAUCGGCGAGACGCUGCAGCUGAUAUCCGCGUACAAGAGCGACAAUCCGGAGCCGUUCAUGGACGAGCGCGUGAGGCGCUACGGCUCGAUCUUCACGACGCACGUUUUCGGUGAGCCGACGGUGUUCUCGGCGGACCCGGAGCUGAACCGGUUCAUUCUGCAGAACGAAGGGAAGCUGUUGGAUUGCAGUUACCCCGGUUCCAUAUCGAACUUGCUCGGAAAACACUCUCUUCUGCUGAUGAAAGGCGCUCUCCACAAGAGAAUGCACUCUCUCACCAUGAGCUUUGCCAACUCCUCCAUCAUCAAGGAUCAUCUUCUUCACCACAUCGACCGCCUCAUCUGCCUCAACCUCGAUACCUGGUCCGAUCGAGUUACCCUCAUGGACCAGGCAAAAAAGAUAACGUUUGAGCUAACGGUGAAGCAGUUGAUGAGCUUUGACCCUGAUGAAUGGACUGAGAGUUUAAGGAAAGAGUAUGUUCUUGUGAUUGAAGGCUUCUUCACUCUCCCUUUACCUCUCUUCUCAACCACAUACCGCAGAGCCAUCCAGGCAAGAACAAAGGUGGCAGAGGCACUAACGUUGGUAGUGAGGCAGAGGAGAGAAGAGUAUAAUGAAGGGAAAGAGAAAAAGAGUGACAUGCUACGGGCACUUUUGGCCUCUGGUGACCACUUUUCCGACGAGCAAAUAGUGGAUUUCUUGUUGGCUUUGCUCGUCGCCGGUUACGAGACCACCUCUACCAUAAUGACUCUUGCAGUCAAGUUCCUCACUGAGACUCCUCUGGCCUUGGCACAGAUCAAGUGGUCUACCUCACAAAAACCUAUCACGAACCCCACCACCUUGUCUAUGUCCAUGACCACCACCACUCCACCGUGUGGUGUGCUUCCUUUGGAACCUCCUUUUCCUUAUCUGAUCCUCUAUACUCAAUGUCUCCACCCCAACCGGAAUUGA